ACUUGCAGUCUUAAUUUAAGGAGCAGAUUGCAUACUGGAACAGGUUGUCCAGAGGGAUUGUGGAGUCUCCCCCACUGGAGAUACUCAGGAACCAACUGGACACAAUCCUGUGCCAAGUGCUCUAGGAUGACCCUGCUUGAGCAGGGAGGUUGGACCAGGUGAUACACUGUGGUCCCUUUCAACCUGAGCCAUUCCAUCGUUCUGUAAUUGUAGAGGCCACUUCCUCUAUCAGGAGGGCAAGAUGAAAAUUUUUUGUUGUUGAGGGAAGGUGAGUAGUGUUUAUUAAUAUGCCACUCGUCAGCUCAGCAUAAAGAUGGCUAAGCUAAUUUUCACUAACAUUAAGGAAUUUAAUGUGUUCUUCUGAGGCUGAAUCAGUAGCUGGGAGAAAAUCUCAUGGAUUUAUUUGUGUCAAGGACCAUGAAUUCUGCCAUAGAACUGUGUUGCAUGAUACACACUGGCCAGGAAACAAGUGUAAUAUUAUUCUGAGUAACAGUUGAUUUGCAUGUCUCAGCUUCAGUUGUCAGCAGGUGUGGGUAAUAUGUUUUGUCGUUAUCAUGAGGACUAAACAGAGAAGUAGUCUUCCAUAAAAUAGAGAAAAUGAGAUGGUUCUGUAAGUCAUUGCUCAGGAGACAUUUUUCCAGGCUCUCCAUGCAGUCAUCCUGCUGAAUCAAUAACACUGAAGUCCAAACAUGUUGGUGACAAAAUUUCUUUCAGUCAAGUCAAACAAAAAUAAGUAUUGCCCUUACUUCUGGUGGGGCAUAAGAGAGGAAGAUGAAGUGAGAGUUUCCCAAACUCAGAGGGCUGGUCUGUAAAUGUUAACUGUAUGUAUGUGCUCUAAAUAGAUGUGUUGUGUUAUAGUUCACACAGGAAUUGAAAUUGCCUUGAAAACACAAGUUGGACUCCUGGGAGACCAAGUGUUUGGGCUGCAAGAAGCAUGGAUAGGUUUCAGUUUAAAGUAAGGGUCAUCAAUCUUCUCCCAGGUUCAGGUAUCCUCCCAGCUGUGUUUCUGCAAAAAUACAGCCUGUUAUAACUAGAAUGUUUAAAAUUAAUAGUGAAUUAUGGGGCUUCUCCUUUGCCUUCCUUUUUUAAUGGUCAACUUGUGGAAAGUGCUGAUGUAGGCAUGUCUUUUGCACCCAGUUAAUUUACAGCCAACAGCACCAAAAUGAAACCGAAAGUUUUGUUAGCACUUCUGAGAAAUACUGUUAUCUAUAAUCUAACUUUUCAUUCCCAGAGAAGGAACUAAGAUUAUAAAAAGGGAGUGAAGAAAAUGCACAGUUCAGAAGAUGGACAAGGGGGAUAGAGAUAAUAUGUUUGAUCCCUGUUAGAGAAAAAACAUUCUGUUACUUAGACUUGACAGAGGCACUGACUAUCAAGACAUUGGCAGGCUUAGAACAGUGGGCAGAAAGGAGAAAUGAAGAGAAAAUGGCAAGAAAGACUGAAGAAAGUGGAAGAACUAGCAUCUCACUAUGAAAGAAAUCCUCUUCCUACAGUUUAUAAACCAAGACUGUCCAAGCCCUCUAUGCCAUCUUCUGUUUGGAAAAUAUUUUCUCGACAGGCUGAAGCUUUUAGUUAUGUAAAAACCUGCAAAGAGGAUGUUCACGUGUUUGCUUUGGAAAAAAACACCCAGAGUGGACAGAGGUUUUACCUUGUGACAACAUACAAAGAGCUUUGGUUUUAUUACACCAAAGGUUGCAAAACAAGUCUUAUGCAUUGCUAUGAAGUAAUUCCUGCAAAAGAUGCUUGCAAACUUUAUUUUGAUUUGGAGUUUUACAAACCAGCGAAUCCUGAUGCAGAUGGCAAGAGUAUGGUUAAGAAGUUAAUUGAGCUUGUCAGCCAAAAAUUAAAAGAACUUUAUGAUGUAAAUUGUUCAUCAAAAGAUGUCUUGAACUUGGAUUCCAGUACUGAGGAAAAAUUUAGUCGGCACUUAAUAUUUCUACCCCAAAAGACUGUAUUUAAGGAUAAUGCUCAUGUUGGUAACUUUGUGAGAACCAUUUUGCAGCCUGCCAUAAGAUUAAUGGAGAGUGGAGCUGCUGUGAUUCCAACAGAGGAAGCAGGGCAUGUUUUCCAGUGUUCUGCAGGAGCUGGAUUAGAUGGCUCUCUUACAAACCUCACAGCUGUUGAAGUUGAUUCUAAAGACUGGCCAGCUGCUGCUCAUGAAACAAAGGAUAUGGAAAUGCCACACCAGGGAGAAAAUUUGGAUUUUUCCUUCCUAAUAGUAAACAAUAAAGAAGGCAACAAGCAGCUUUUUGUGGAUCUAGGUGUUUAUACAAAGAAUAGAAAUUUCCGGAUGUAUAAGUCAUCAAAAGCAGGAAAAAAUGUGAUUCUGAAGAUAGCAGAGGAUAAUAAGUUUAUCCCCAAGUGUGAAAAGGAUGUUUCCUUGGAAGAAGCAUAUUUUCUUUCCUCUUUAAUCUGCAACAUUGGAAAAAGUGAUGACAUAAAAGUUCUGUCAUCUGGCAUUUCAGAGGAGGAAAGAAAAAUAUCUACUUUUUUAAACAGUAAAACUAACAGAAGCAGCAGAGAUCCCAUGGAAGGUUACCAGGGUUCGCCAUACCCAGAAAUCGAUAAUUUUGUUCGUUCUUUGGUUAAUAAAGAUGGGCUACAAGGAGGGAUACGACAAUGGAAUUACUUCUCUCUCAAAGAACUACUUAUUUACGAUAUUUCUGGUUACCGUUGGUGUGAAAAUAUCGGAAGAGCUCACAAAAGUAACAAUAUAAUGAUUCUGGUAGAUCUAAAGAAUGAAGUCUGGUAUCAAAAGUGUCACGAUCCUGUCUGCAGAGAACAGAACUUCAAAUCACAAAGUUUUCCAUUACCACCUGGUAUAUGCCUCCAAACGCUUUUCAAAGAGGAAGAAGAGUCCAUGCUAAUGGAUGACGGGGAGGACACAGAAGGAAAAGUAAAUCCACAUUCUAGUGCAUCAGACUUGUCAAAAAGCUCAGUAUCUCCAGAGAACAGCUGGUCUCAAGACUUCCUGUUUUCAGACAGUGAGUGGGAAAACACAAGUGAUGAUGCCUGUUUCCAAGAAGCUGCUGAAGAUGUGGAACUAGCUGAAGCUGCAGAUGAUAGUCUGAAUCGUGCCAUGGAAGAAAUCCCAGAUGAAGUUCUUCUGGAAGCUUUAAGGAAAGAGGAUCUCUACACUAAAGAAGGCAGCUAAGCACGGGCCUGGCCAGCAAUGAAUGACGCUUGUUUGGUGCUGGUGUGAAAGGUCCUGCAGGGUGGUUCACAAGUACCACUCCAGAGCUGUAGGAUGAAGAAUGGAGUGUGCCUGGGUGAACUUCAGCAGACCUGAGGAGAUCAUGGAAGAUUACGUAGGGGGCUGAAGAGAACUAGACUAAAAACUCAUCAUGAAUGCUGCUCCAAGCUUAGCACUUUUAGCACUCUUUGCUCUACAGUUUCUAUUAGUUGUAUGUCCAAGUUUUAUUGAGAAGCCAACAAAACAGACUUCUUAUUUCCAUAUAUGAGAUGAAGUAAUAUAUUUCAAAUGCAGAUUCAAUUAAAAGAUUUGUUUAUUCA